GAAAAUUUUUAAAAAUGCUGGAGAUAUUAAAGAAAAUGGAAUCAAUAUGCCAAUGGACACGGAUCCAGCUACUGGAAAAUUGACUUCUAAAGGAUAUCUCUUCAUUGAAUUUGAAACACCCGAACAAGCAAGUUUGGCUAUAAAAAAUUAUGAUAAUUAUUCAAUGGAUAAAACACAUUGUCUUGCUGUAAAUAGAUUUACAGAUGUUGAAAAAUAUUCACAAAUUGAAGAAGAAUACAAAGAACCUGAAGAAGAAAAAUUUGUUGAAAAAGAACAUUUAAGAAGCUGGCUUACUGAUUCGCAAGCACGUGAUCAAUUCGUGCUUUACCGUGGAGAUGAUGUGAGCAUUUUAUGGAAUAAGAAGGCUGAACCUCCAGAAGAAGAGCAUAAACGUGUCAAUUGGACUGAAACAUAUGUUCAAUGGUCACCCUUGGGAACUUACUUAGCUACAUUUCAUC